UCGCUGAUAUUUGAACAUUUGAAGAAAAAGAUCGCACGUCGCUUUCCUAUGACGCAAAACCGAUGUGUGUAUGAGUGUGACAUUGGUGUGAAUGUUCUGAGCAGGUUAGGAUGGCCCUGUCGUUGUCCGGGGUGAUUUUGCCCAAAUUGGUGCAGCAGAGGACUUUCAGUGUCUCAGCAACUGUGGCCGCUAUUCAGAAGUUAACACGCGUGAGGGUGGUCGACAACAGCGCUCUUGGAAAUGCCCAUCACCACCGUCCACCAAAAGUCAUUCACGUUUACACCAAGAAUGGAGUUGGUAAAGUGGGAGACAGAGUCUUACUGGCCAUUAAAGGACAGAAGAAAAAAGCUCUCAUAGUGGGUCAUAAGAUGCCUGGAGCACGAAUGACCCCACGCUUCGAUUCUAAUAAUGUUGUUUUGAUUGAAGAGAAUGGAAACCCCACAGGAACAAGAAUAAAAACUCCUUUACCAACACAACUGCGCAAAAUGGAAGGGGAAUAUUCAAAAUUGUUAGCCAUUGCUCAGCGAUUUGUUUAGCGUUUCUGUAAUCUGGGAGGGCAACUACUUAUCUUUGUAAAUAAAUAUAAAAAUUUGCUUUCAUGGUUACUUGUGGAAAUAUUUGUAAUAAAAUAUGUGGAUAUAACUUCUGUUGUUAUAAUUUUGUAGAGAUUGUUACAUUAUCCAUUGAUUUAAAGUGCAUCAUUUCUGUUUAUAGUAUUCCCAAAUAUGUAUGAUUUAAAUAUUACUCAAAUCACCAUUAAAUGCUCCAAUAUUUCAUGUUUGUAAGAAUGUUUCAGGCUUUUUUCAGAACACAUGAAAUGAAACAAGUUCAAUUUUAACAACAGAGUUUAUUCUAAAACUCCGAUCAUAGGAAGUCAGUGACAAUGUCUACACAAGUGUUGCAUUCUGCAUCUAAAGCUGUUUUAAUAGGAUGCAUUAGUUCACCUUUUAGGAGAACAUGAAGUACACUAUGGCACUGUCAGUACACAAUCUUUUAGAAAUAAAGGCAGGU